AUGGCGGCAGCAUUUGAUGCGAGUUCUUCCAGUUUGAGUCAAAGUUUAGACGCAAUAGUGAAGAUCAAAGGAGAGGUACAAGAAGACAAAAGGCAUGAAUUUUCAAUAUUUGAGCAUGGCACUCUGAGGUUUAAAGGAAGAAUUUGUGUUCCAAAUGUUAAAGAGAUAAGAGAUGUGAUUUUGAAAGAGGCUCAUUGCUCACUCUAUACAGUUCGCCUUGGUAGCACUAAGAUGUUAAGGCGAAACAUCAGAGGCCAUCCUGGCUAUUACAACCACUCCCUAUACCAGUUUGGACCAGGAUUUCCUAAGGCACCACAGGGUCAGGAUGCAGCAUGGACAAAUGGGCAGUUAGAGAGGACAGUGCAAAUUUUGGAGGAUAUGCUUAGAGCUUGCGUGAUGGACUUCAAGGGCAGUUGGAUUAAAUACUUACCCCUGAUCGAGUUUGCAUACAAUAACAGUUACCAAGAGAGCAUUCAAGCGGCCCCAUAUGAGGUUCUUUAUGGUCCCAAGUGUCGGUCACCCCUUUAUUGGGAUGAAGUUGGAGAAUGUAGAAUCCUUGGGUAG